AUGAUGAAAGAUUAUUUCAUCAAGCGCCCGAGAUUUCCUACUCAUGAUUUUCGGAGGUGGUUUUGGAUGAGGAGAGAGCUUUUUGAAAGCAUCUUAAAUGCAGAUGUCAAUCAUGACCACUGCUUUGCAAGGAAGAUAUAUGUCAUAGGCCAACGAAGUUUAUCACCUCAUCAGAAGCUCACAUCUGCAUUUCGGAUGCUAACUAAUGGGUGUUCUGCUGACUCAACUGAUGAGUAUUGCCGACUUGCGGAGAGUACUACUAUUGAGAACCUAAAGAGCUUCUGUCAGGCAAUUCAAGCCAUAUAUAGAGCCACAUACCUCUGCAAGCCAAAUUGUGAAGACUUAAAAAGGUUUCUACGCAAGGCAGACAAAAGAGGCUUCCUUAGCAUGAUAGGAAGUCUCGAUUGUAUGCAUUGGGAGUGGAAGAAUUGCCCUACUGGUUGGGCUGGCCAAUUCAGGGGCCGUCAUAACAAGCCAACCAUCGUGCUGAAGGUUAUGGCGUCUUACGACUCAUGGAUUUGGCAUGCAUUCUUCGGUGCUCCUGGAUUAAACAACGAUAUCAACGUUCUUUGGUCUUCUCCUAUGUUCGAUGAUGUUGUGAAUAGAUAG